AUCACCUCACCUCUCAUCUCCUAGGUAUCUAGGCCUCACAAUUCAAAAGCCCUUAGCUUGCCUUUAAGGUUGUUUGCUUGCUCACUGUCUAUUCCUCUUGCCAUUAUAUUACCUCACUUACACUUUAUGUUCUCACAUAUUCGAAUCCUUCUUCAUGGCUAAUUUCCAAGCAAAUAAUUCUCCUUCUUCUUCUAUGGCUUCCACUAUUUUUCUCUCUGAAAAAGACUUGGCAUCAACCGCACUAAAUUCCAUGGACUGCAACUUCUUAAGAGAAACAGUAUUCUCAAGACCCACUCUCGACGACUUUCCAGAAACUUGUCAGAUGGUUACGUCAUCGUCUUCUUCCAGAAAAUUAGAAUCAGACCACCAUCAUGAAGGCCGGCGUCAAGAAGGAGACAAUAACGGGAAAGUCUCCGAAAAACACCAGCAAGAGAAUAGAUACGAUGUUUUGGUUUCUUCUUUGAAGGUCAAACUGACGACAAACAGUACUGGAGUAAACAAGGAGAAAGAAGAUAAAGAAGAAGAAGAAGGGUGUAAAACUCCAACGUCGCCGGAGUAUAAGAUCCCGGCGGCUUGCCCGCCGGCUCCGAGAAAGCCAAAGGCUAUGCCGGCAAAGAGUAGAAGAGGUUGUCACAAAAGGGUUUUUCUUGAUUUGUCAGAUGAGACUGAAUCUUUGUUUCCUCCACUCCUUCUGGCUGAUCUUGGUAAAAAGAUCAAGAAAAUUAGGAGUAGUUAAUUGAUGAUCAAUCUUAUUUUUAGCCUUACUUUAUUCAUCAUAAUAAUUUGACUUAUAAGUAAGCUAUAUAGCUAGAUGCAGAUCCGGUUCUGUAUAAUGCAGCAAAUUCAAUGUACAAUAAUUCAUCUCUAUAACAUAUAUCUC